AUGACCGCCAUCUGCAACCGCCCAUCAUCACCCCCACCGCCCACAGCCUCCCAUCACCCUCAUCACCCACAACUGCCCAUCACCGCCCACGACCACUCAUCACCACCACCGUCCACAGCCGCCCAUCACCACCCCCGCCCACAACCACCCAUCACCACCGCCCACAGCCGCCCAUCACCACCCCCGCCCACAGCCGCCCAUCACCACCACCGCCCACAGCCGCUCAUCACCACCCCCGCCCACAAUGCCAUCACCACCCCCGCCCACACCGCUCAUCACCACCCUCGCCCACAGCCGCCCAUCACCACCCCCGCCCACAGCCGCCCAUCACCACCACCGCCCACAGCCGCCCAUCACCACCACCGCCCACGACCACCCAUCACCACCGCCCACAAUUGCCCAUCACCACCCCCGCCCACAGCCGCCCAUCACCACCCCCGCCCACAGCCGCCCAUCACCACCCCCGCCCACAGCCGCCCAUCACCACCCCCGCCCACAGCCGCCCAUCACCACCCCCGCCCACAGCCGCCCAUCACCACCCCCGCCCACAGCCGCCCAUCACCACCACCGCCCACGACCACCCAUCACCACCACCGCCCACAGCCGCCCAUCACCACCCCCGCCCACAGCCGCCCAUCACCACACCCGCCCACAGCAGCCCAUCACCACCACCGCCCACAUCCGCCCAUCACCACCCCCGCCCACAGCCGCCCAUCACCACCCCCGCCCACUACCGCCCAUCACCACCACCGCCCACAGCCGCCCAUCAUCACCCCCGCCCACGACCACCCAUCACCACCCCCGCCCACAGCCGCCCAUCACCACCCCCGCCCACAGCCGCCCAUCACCACCCCCGCCCACAGCCGCCCAUCACCACCCUCCUCCACCGCGAUGCGUUAUUCAUUAGCUUCAUUUGUCUCCGAUUCUCCGGGCCAUCUCGCGCGACAUUGA